AUGAGAGCAUCCGUGGUGGCGUUUCUGUUCGUCCUGUUGGCCGUUUCGUGUCACGGGACGACGACAGAUCGAGAGGACAUCGCGGCAUCGAAGGACUCCUCGUUGGCGACGUUCCUGCAACCGCUGGAGGCGAGAUUGCGUGAUGAUCAGAGCCUUCCAGAGCGGCGUUCGCGAGAGCUGAGCUAUUUUGGAACCGGAUACGGCUACAAUGGGUAUCCUGGUCACUACAAUCCACUGUACGCUCAGCCGUACAGCCAGCAGGGUUUGUACAGUGCGUACGGUAAUCCGGCAUACAACGGAUUCGGAGGACUUGGUGGCAGCGGCGCGUAUCUUGGCGGUGGCGUCGGUACCUUGGGCGGUUAUGGCGGGUAUCCUAAUGGACAGUUCGGACACGGACAGUUUGUUGGCCAGGGAUCUGGUGCGUACAAUCCGUACGGUGCCGGUUGGAAUGCGAUUCAAAGCCCGUACGGUGGCUAUGGCAACCAGCUCGGAGGCUACUACAGUCGCGGGCUGUACGUUUGA